GGUGGCGGUGCGCCGCAGCGGAGAGCUCACCUCGCUCAGCGUGGACGGCGCGACGCAGGCGCGCGCCUCGCGCGGCUCCGACUUCCGCUUCGGCUCGCUCGAGUCCAACUCGGACGUCUUCAUCGGCGGCAUGCCCGCCUGGUACAGCUCCAAGCUGACGCUGCUCGCGCUGCCCAGCGUCAUCUUCGAGCCGCGCUUCGGCGGGGCCGUGCGCAACCUCGUGUACGCCGACGAGGAGGCGACGGCGCCGCGACGCCAGGAGAUGAAGAUGAAGGACUUCAAGUGCGGCGGCUUCCACUGCGCAGGCGCGCCGGGCCGCUCGGCCAGGGGCAUCCGCGGGAACCUGACGGACGCGUGCGAGGACCACGACCCCUGCCAGCACGGCGGCAUCUGCAUCUCCACCGACAGCGGGCCCAUCUGCGAGUGCCGCAACGUCGACUUCGAGGGCAUCUUCUGCGAGAAAGACAAGGCGCCGUCCGAGGCGACGUUCCGGGGCGCCGAGUUCCUCUCGUACGACCUGAGCCGCACCGGCGGCGAGCCCAUCGUCAGCAACCAGGACGCCAUCUCGCUCGUCUUCAAGACGCGCCAGCCCAGCGGGCUGCUCUUCUACACAGGCGACAAGGGCGACUUCAUGAACGUGGCGCUGAAGGACGGCGGCGUGGUGCUGGCCAUGAGCCUGGGCAACGGCCGCACCGAGCUGGCCAUCAAGCCGCGCCGCGUGCGCUUCGACGACAACCAGUGGCACAAGCUGACCGUGCACCGCAAGAUGCAGGAGAUUUCUUCAGGCACUAGCUUCUGCAGGGUGACGGCGGUCGUGGACGGGGUGUACGCCGAGAACGCCUACCUGGCCGUCACCAACACCAUGCUGUCCUCGAGCCGCGUCUACGUGGGUGGCAGCUACAACACGCACGCGCUGCCGGGCUCCAAGGUGCGCUACAACUUCGUCGGCUGCCUCAGGAAGGUGGAAUUCACGGCGGACACGCUCAAGCUGAACCUGAUCGACCUGGGCCGGCGCGACAGCAAGCUCAUCGCCGUGGUCGGCCACGUCGACUUCAUGUGCCAGGAGGUGGAGGCGGCCGACCCCGUCACCUUCACCACCAGCGACUCCAACCUCGUGCUGCCCUCGCUGGAGUCGUCGCGGUCCAGCUCCAUCUCGUUCAAGAUCCGCACCAACGAGCCCAACGGCCUCAUCUUGUACAGCAGCGGGGCCAGCGCGCCGCACGCGGACUACCUGGCGUUCGAGCUGCUGAGCGGCCACCUGUACCUGCACCUGGACCUGGGCUCCGGGGCGGCGCGCGUCAAGGCGACGACCCGCCGCGUCGACGACGGCGCCUGGCACGAGGCGACGCUCAAGCGCUCCGGGCUCGAGGGACGCGUCACCGUCGACGGCACCGCCUCCGACUUCACCACGCCAGGCGAGUCGCAGCAGCUGGACCUGGAGGGCCCGCUGUACGUGGGCGGGCUGGGCCCGGCGACGGCGGCCGUGCCGGUGCCGGCGGCGCUGUGGACGGGCGCGCUGCGCCGCGGCUUCGUGGGCUGCCUGCGCGACCUGGUGCUCAACGGCAACGCCGUCGACGUCGCCGGCUACGCGCGGCACCAGGACUCCGGCGCGAUCCGGCCGUCGUGCCACGCGCAGGAGGCGCAGUGCAGCUCGCAGCCGUGCCUGCACGGCGGCGCCUGCUCCGAGGGCUGGAACCGCUUCAUCUGCGACUGCUCGGCCACCGGCUUCACGGGGCCCACCUGCGGCAAAGAGGCGACGACGCUGACGUUCAACGGCAGCCAGCUGGUGACGCUGACGGCGGCGGGCGAGGAGUGGCGCUGGCAGACGGAGGAGGUGUCGCUGCGCUUCCAGACGGCGCGCCCGCUCGGCCUGCUGCUGGCCACGGCCGCUGACAACUCGCACGACCGCCUCGAGCUCAGCCUGAUGGCCGGCCGGCUGCGGCUCGCGCUGCGCGUCGCCGACCGCGAGAAGGUGGUGGUGGCCGGCCAGGGCCUCAACGACAACCAGUGGCACACGGUGCGCUACUCGCGCCGCGCCACCAGCCUCAAGCUGCAGGUCGACGACGACGCGCCCAUCAGAGCGGAGGCGGCGCCGGGGCGCGGAGCGGUGCUGGAGGUGCGCGCCGUGCAUGUGGGGGCGGUGGCGGCGGCCAGCCCCCUGGCGGCGGCCGAGGAGGCGGCGGCAGGGGGCGGCGGCGGGGGCGGCGGCCCGGCGGGCUUCGUGGGCGCCAUGCAGCAGCUGUCGGUGAACGGCCGGCCCUACUUCGAGGUGGCGCGGGCGGCGGGCGGCGCCGUCGCCGCCCCCGGCUCGCACAGCCCCCGCAUACGCGUGACCGCCGCCUUCGGCAAGCGCGACCCGCAGCUCGUGCACAACCCCGUCACCUUCCGCUCCAAGCACACCUUCGUCGGCCUGCCCGUGCUCAAGGCCUACUCCGCCACCAACAUCUACUUCCAGUUCAAGACGCGCGAGGCGAACGGGCUGAUCCUGUACAACGGCGGGCGCGGCCACGACUUCGUCGCGGUGGAGCUGGUGAGCGGCCACCUGCACUACGUGUUCAACCUGGGCGACGGCGCGGUGCGCGUGCGCGACAACGCGCGCGCCCCGCUCAACGACAACCAGUGGCACGCCGUCACCAUCGGCAGGCCGAGCGCGCGCCAGCACACGCUCAUGGUCGACGACAGCUUCGCCAUCGUCACCAGCCUCGGCACCAACGAGAACCUCGACCUCGCCGGCAUCCUCUACCUCGGUGGUGUCCGAAAGGAUAUGUAUGCGAGUCUUCCAAAGCAAGUAACAUCAAAACAAGGCUUCCAAGGAUGCCUGGCUAGUUUGGACCUAAAUGGAGAGUCACCAAGUCUCCUGCUUGAUGCUGUAGUGCCAAGUACUCAAGUUGCAUUAGGCUGUGAAGGUUCCAGCAAGUGCAGUCACAAUGUAUGUGCCAACAGAGGAGUAUGUGUGCAGCAGUGGAACUUUUAUGCAUGUGACUGUGAUAUGACGUCCUAUACAGGACCCACGUGUUCAGAUGAAUCUGUAGCUUUUGAGUGGGGACCAGAUCGAGGACUUCUGACAUUCCAAUACCCUGAAGGCCACAGACCCGAAAUGAAGAGUGAUGUGUUGGCUCUGGGGUUUAUCACGGGCCAGGAAGAUGCAGUGCUACUACGUGUGGAUAGUGGAACAUCCAAUGACUACAUGGAGCUCGAAAUUGUUGAGGGAAACAUAUUUAUGGUCUACAACAUGGGGACAAAUGAUCAUCCCAUUGGUGAAAUUGGAGUGAAAGUGAAUGACAAUCAGUACCAUGUGGUCCGAUUCACAAGGUCAGGAGCUAACUCAACAAUUCAAGUUGAUGAUUACAACAUUCAGACUAACCAUCCAGCCGGACAUCAACUAACAGUGUUCAACAGUCAAUCAAAAGUGCAAGUUGGGGGGAAAUGGAAUAAUUAUACUAAAAGGAUUGAGCGGCCAUUCUCUGGAGUGAUGGCAGGAAUAGUUUUCAAUGGCUUGCGCAUUCUGGACCUGGCAGCAGAAGGAGACGUGCGUACUACACUACGGGGAGACGUACGGCAGCUCACUGGGGGCCUACAUGAACGAAUGCGAGAAAAUCCACUCCUCCAACGUAUGCAGCAGACACCAGCAUCUGGACAUCCUGGAGUGAUGGAUGACCUUGUGUUCUCUGGUGCUGGGUCCGGAUGUAAUGCUGACGAUGAGGAUGAGUGCGAGCAAGUGUUUGAUCAUGGUUCAGGAGAUGACCUCAUCACGCCAGUGUAUGUGCCGCCCACCCGACCCCCCACCACCGUGACCCCCAAGUCACAGCAGAACGGCCGAGGACUAGCGACGGGUAAGCCCUGUGACGACGAGGACUGCUUCACCGGCUCGGGGUCAGGUGAGGUGUCCACAGAAGAUAAUACGUCCACUUCUCAUGCUGCGAAAGAAACGCCGGCAGCAAACGACGUGGACAACCUGACAGGCAGCACGUCCAGCCCUGAUCCCCACUCAAAGCCCCAACCCGAUGCAGGAUCAGCCAUCUCUCGAGCUGCUGAGAAUACGAUGGUCAUCAUUGCGUCGAUUGUUGGUUUGCUCGUCUUGCUCUGUCUGCUGCUGCUGCUCAUCCUCAGAAUUAAGGGACACAACAGGCACUCAGAUGGAAAAUAUGUGGUCAGGCAAAGUGACAGUUUCCACAAAUCCACAGGACCCAAUGCUGCUCUUCUGGCAGCAGCAGAAGUAGGAGAGCAGUAUCCAGAAAGUGUUAUUAACAUAAAAGACAAGGACAAAGAUGGGUUUAAGGAGUGGUACGUCUGAAAAUGUAACAGAGUGCCUCAAUUUGUAACCUACAUGAAAAUUUCUUCCAAAGACGAAUGGUUUUGAAGUGAAUAAAAUUUCAAACUUCAUUUUAGAAUCAAUUUGCUAUUACAUGCUGUGGCAACAUAUGCUGCAGUCC